AUGAUUAAGCUUGCGCUCCUCAUCCGAGGAACUGCGUUGCUCCUUUGCCUAUUGAUCUGCCGAGCAGCAUCCACUUCCCAUGGUCCAGCGAGUGCAUCAAGAGCCUGCAUUGGCGACGAGCGAGAUGCGCUUCUGUCCUUCAAGGCAAGCCUCCUGGACCCUGCUGGUCGUCUGUCAUCAUGGCAGGGCGACGACUAUUGUCGAUGGAAGGGAGUCCAGUGCAGCAACAGAACUGGCCAUAUCAUCAAGAUCAGCCUCGGCAGCAUCGACAAGUAUGGCCACACGAGCAGAUGGUUGAGCUUGUCAGCAGGAGAGAUGAGCUCUUCUUUGGCUACUUUACAACACCUGAGGUAUCUUGAUCUGAGCAGGAAUUACUUCAACGGCACAAGCAUCCCUGUGUUCUUGGCUUCUCUCAAGAACCUAAGGUAUCUCGACCUCUCGUAUGUUGGAUUCACAGGAACAAUACCUUCCCAACUUGGCAAUCUCUCAAAGCUGCAAUAUCUAGAUGUCAGUUGGAAUUCUUUUGAUUCGGAUAGUUACCCAGUGAAUCUUGCAUGGUUGCCACGUCUCUCUUCUUUGAGCCAUCUCGACAUGAGCGGUGUUGAUCUUAGUUUUUCCAAGGAUUGGCAGAUGGUGAACAUGCUUCCUUCUCUUAAAGUGCUUUGCCUGAGCUCCUGUGAACUCAAUCUUCCCGUAUCUGCUAGCAUGUCACAUUCCAACCUCACACAUGUCGAGAUACUUGAUUUGUCUUAUAACAAACUCUAUACUAAUUCACUCAAGCACGCAUGGUUUUGGAAUCUCACAAGCCUUGAGGAGCUUUCUUCACUUGGAAGGGGCCAUUCCUAG